GCACCGCCCUUCUUCUCUAUGACAUCUCAAACUUCAACACGGAAUCACACUGGAAACACUCAUAGACACUCAUCAGAGGACCCACAAACGCUGGAAGCAGCCUAUCUACGUAGUCGCAAGGUAGUUCCUCGAAAAAGCGGCAUCGCCCUCCGUCUCUAUACCACCUCAAACCUCAACGAUGAAUCACACUCGAAGCGUUCAUGCAGACUCAUCAGAAGACUCACAAGUGCUGGACGCGGCCUGUCCACGUAA